AAAUUUACUUAUAUAAAUACCCCACUCAUGCAAGAAUCUCCUUAUAAAACCAAACUCUGCUUCUUCUCUAACAAAGCCAAUCACUCUACAAAAUUAGGUAGUUGUAUGUAUGUAUAGCAUGGCGGAUGUGGAGUACCAAAACAAGGCAUGCAACAACGCGCCCUUAAAGCUCUUCGGCUUCCACGUCACCGAAGACCAAGAAGACUCUAGGGCGCCCCCGGGCGGGGCAGCGGACGGCCGCAAAUACGAGUGCCAAUACUGCUGCCGCGAGUUCGCCAACUCGCAGGCCCUCGGCGGCCACCAAAACGCCCACAAAAAGGAGCGCCAGCAGCUCAAGCGCGCCCAAAUGCUCGCCACGCGCACCGCCGGCGCCUCCUACCUGCGCAACCCCAUCAUCUCCGCCUUCUCCCCUCCCGCCCACCUCCUCCCCCCCUCCUCCGCCGCCUGGGUCUACGGCCCGCGCCCCCCGGCCCCCUUCCACGUGUCGCACGGCUGCGUCUUCUCCUCCUCCCCCACCGCCCGGGCCCCACUGGACUCCACUAUUGGGCCUUCGCAGCCCCUCAUGGCCCACGAUGGGCCUUCGCUGAGUAGAUUUUCCAGCGAUGGGCCCAGUUUCGACGAUGCGUUUGGGCUGGAUCUCCAUCUCAGCUUGGCUCCAGCCGAGCCGUGACUAUGAAGAGGAUUUUCUCUACAUUUUUUUUUUUAGAUUUAUUUUUCUUCGCACACAUUGAUUAUUUCUGUAAUUUGGGUCCAGCAUUGUAGAGUAUGUCACUCGAAUUGGAUGGAUGUACAUACGUUGUAUGACUAGCUAGAAUUAUUAUGGUUUUUGAUGUGUUGAAUAAGUAGUAGCCAAUAUAGAAAAGAAGACACGGCACAAUGAUUUAUUUUCAUGAUCUAGACAAGAUUAUUAACCACUUCA